GUUUGGUCCCUGUCCGCGGGCAGAGUCGGGCAGUGUCUACAUACAGUGCAGACAGAGGAUCGAGUGUGGUCCAUUGCUAUCAGCCCAUUACUAAGAUCAUUUGUGACGGGGACAGCCUGCUGUGGACACACCUCACCUCUGAGAAUCUGGGACCUUGAGAGUGGUCAGCUCUUGACCUGUUUAGGGACUGACUUCCACCAUGGAGCUGGAGUCCUUGAUAUCUUCUACGAAACGCCCUCCCUUCUCCUUUCCUGUGGGUAUGACACCUACAUCCGCUACUGGGACAUACGCACCACUUGCAGGAAGUGCGUCCAGGAGUGGGAAGAGCCCCAUGACAGCGCCCUGUACUGCAUCAGGAGUGAUAAGAACCACAUGAUUGCCAGUGGCUCUUCCUACUACGGCGUGGUGCGCCUCUGGGAUAAGCGGCAGACUCGGUGCCUGCAGAGCUUUCACCUGUCUUCGCCCACCAGCAGCCCGGUGUACUGCCUCCGGUUCAACACCACCCAUCUGUAUGCCGCCCUGGCGUCAGGCCUGCACGUCCUAGACUUCACAGCCCCGUGA